GCUUUUUCACAGCAAAAUAGGCUUGCAGACUGCAGAUGAGAGACUCGGGAGCAGAGACAAUUUUAACUUAGCCAUCCCUAAUUUAUCUCAAGCUUUUUCAAUUCAUCUUCACUGCUCUAUGCACACUGGAACACCAGAUUGUCAACCCCUGGGAAAAGAAAGCAGCCAGGGAUCUAGAGAGCUGUCACAUCCUGAGAAAUAUUUAAAUUGUGCUGAUUUUCUUCUGGAGUGCUGAGCAGAGGGAAUGAAACUCUCCAUCAAGUCAUAGCUUUGCGGGCAAUAGAUCAGAGGAUACUGCCAGUUUUUCUAAUGGAUUAUUGUUAUCGGGCAGGUUCUUCCUGAAGAUUCUUUUAAGUGAAGCAGCCAUAGCUUGGAUUUCACUGUGUAACCUUGGCACUUAGUGCCAAGCCCUUCAGAUAGCUACUGGAUUUGGCAAGGUUAAAAGGAAUUUGCAUCAUGGCUUUUUAAUCAGACAGCCAACCUGUUCUUUGACCUGAUAAGACUACUACUGAGCAUUGUGACAGUUUCUCACUUGGAUCUUCAAAUGGUAAGGCAUUCUACUAGGAAGGUUUUCAUGUCUUUCUCAUGAGCUGUUGUGAGAUUACACUGAAGUUUUUGGUUCCUGCAUCUGGUGGCACAAAUGAAUGUUGUGACACUACUGUAUGCAGUUCUUCACGAGACACUACUUGAAAUAUUUUGAUAAAAUGAGAUGCUUGCGGAAACGAUCAGCAGUGUCGUUCUUGGGAAUCCUUGUUGUUUGCUUGCUGUUCAUGAACUUGUACAUUGAGGACGGUUAUGUUUUGGAAGGGGACAAGCAGUUAAUCAGAGAAACAGCCACACACCAGCUCAACCCAGAGCGUUAUGGUCACAGUUUUAAAGAUUUGUCUAAUUUCUCAGGAUCUAUAAACAUUUCCUAUCGCUACCUAGCUGGCACACCUUUGCCAAGGAAAAGGUAUCUUACAAUUGGACUCUCCUCCGUAAAACGGAAAAAGGGAAACUACUUGCUUGAGACCAUCAAGUCCAUAUUUGAGCAGUCAAGCUAUGAGGAACUCAAAGAAAUUGCAGUGGUAGUACAGCUGGCAGAUUUUGACUCAGCCUGGUGUGAGGGGAUGGUCCAGGAUAUUUCACAGAAAUUUGCACACCAUAUAAUUGCGGGCAGAUUAAUAGUUAUUCACGUCCCUGAGGAUUACUAUCCUGUAUUGGAUGGCCUUAAGAGAAAUUACAACGACCCUGAGGACCGUGUGAAGUUUCGAUCAAAACAAAAUGUAGAUUAUGCUUUCCUUCUAAACUUUUGUGCUAACCUUUCUGACUAUUAUGUGAUGCUGGAAGACGACGUUCGCUGCUCAAAGAAUUUUUUGACUGCUGUUAAGAAAGUAAUUACCUCACGAGAAGGAUCCUACUGGGUGACGUUGGAAUUCUCCAAGCUGGGGUACAUCGGAAAGCUUUACCAUUCUCACGACCUACCACGCCUGGCCCAUUUUCUCUUGAUGUUUUACCAAGAAAUGCCUUGUGAUUGGCUGCUCAUCCACUUUCGUGGGCUGUUAGCUCAAAAGGAAGUGAUACGUUUUAAGCCAUCUCUCUUCCAGCACAUGGGAUACUACUCAUCUUACAAAGGAGCUGAAAAUAAGUUAAAGGAUGACGACUUUGAAGAGGAAUCCUUUGAUAUCCCUGACAACCCACCUGCAAACUUGCACACCAAUAUGAAUGUAUUUGAAAACUAUGAGGCAAGCAAGGCUUACAGCAGCAUUGAUGAGUACUUCUGGGGCAAGGCUCCUUCUACUGGAGACUUCUAUGGGAUUGUAUUUGAAAAGCCCAUUAAAAUCAGCAAAAUUAAAGUUGUCACUGGAACUGAAGAUCGGCAAAAUGACAUUUUACAUCAUGGGGCCCUGGAAGUAGGUGAAAAGAUUGUAGGCAGUAAAAAAGGAAGACAAUGUACGACUUACUUGAGACUAGGGGAGUUCAAAAAUGGGAAUUUUGAAAUAACAGAUGUAGAGCACAAAGUUCUGUUUGAUAUUAACUGCAUGAGAAUACUUGUUACUAAAAGUCAAAAAGAAUGGCUGAUCAUUAGGAGCAUUAGUGUCUGGACUUCUCAAACACCAAACCAAUAAAGCAAGGCCACCUGAGGAGGUAGAGAGUGCAUACAAUCAACUGGGUCACAACUGGUGCCACUCCCCAGAAAAACAGACACUUCCAGCUCUUCACUAGAGACACAGAAUAUCUGGGGAAAUCACAAAACAAGUAAAAGCAAUUUAUUUUUUACCAGUUUGGUCAGGCAAUAUACAAACAUUUAUUUGUUGAAAAUUUUCAAUUUUAUAGAAAUCAAAAGGUUGUCAAACAUCUCUUGAGAUCUUUAAACCCUUUUUUAUUAUUAUUAUUUCUCUGUUAGAGAGAUUUUGUGGACUAUACAGAACAAAAAAAACACCAUCUUAUAAUUGCCAAAAGAUUUAAAUCUAUGACCAUUAUGUUGUGGAAAGAAAUUGGAUUGCACCUUAUGCACAUAAAAAUUUAAAAUCUUAUGGUAGUAUGCGUUUGUACUGUAGUUGGUAAUGUGUUUCUUUUCCAGGCAGUUGUGACAAGGUGAUCUGUCCUGAAACAGACAGUUUACUUUUGAGCACUGUAAGAAAAUAAUGUGGCUAGUCAUUGCAACUUCUUGUCAAAAGGGAAUGUAUAAAAUUAUAAAUCUGACUUGACAAUUAUGUAAAAAAUAGAUAAUUGCAUCUGUUAUUCUGUCUCAACAAAUAUCCUUUGUUCUCUUUCCUGGGUCCUUUCACUGAAAUGAGCACUAUUUGGAUUCUAUAUUACCCAAGGGACCAAUUUGCUCUCCUUACUGGCUCAAAUUGCCUCACACCAAGCAAGCCUUCAUUGAGUACCAAUGUCAGUAUCAAACACAGGUACCUCAAGAGCAGCACUGUUCUCUUAGAGAGACAUCUUAAUAGAUCUCAGCUUCAACAUUUUCUGUUCCUUCAUGGUAUGGAGAACUCCCCCUGAGAAAUUUGCAGAUAGCUGGAUACUACAGCGUGGUUCCCAAGGAUUGUCACACCUUCCAUAUCUACAUGUUCAGUUCAUGCAUGAUGCAAAUGCAAAGAUUAAUCAGUUGGGAGUGAAUGUAAUCUCCAGUCAUUCUGGAUGAUCUGUAAUCAAUAUAACAGACACAAAAUGAAGAAUCCUGAUACAAUGAGAAAUUAAUAUGUUUCUGAAUUAAGGGGUUUUUGGGGUGUUUUGGGUUUAAGUUUUCUAAUUCUGAUUUUAUUAGCAUUGUAGACAUCUUCCCACUGUCUCUGAUUAUUUCUUAUUAUUCCUAUUUCCUAUAUUUUGCCUGACUCUAGACAACAAGCAAAAAAGUUCCUGCAGUCCACAUGACUUCAGUGUUAGUCUGGGCUUCUAGUGCAUCACACAGGAGGCUGUAUAGCAUGUGAUUUACACUGUAUGAAUACAUUUAGAUUAACAGAAUCUAUGGAGUUUUUUUCCUCUAAUAAAUUCCCUAGAUUGUCUCAGUAGACACACUAAGAAAUACAUGAGUAGCAAGUGUUACAGAGAUGAACAUUGUAUUGUCAAUCUCAUGAAUACUGUGCUUAUCUGAUUGCAUUAGGGGGUUUUAGUUAAACCUGGAAGGAAAGAAUUAAAUUUCAAGAAUGAUUGCACUGACAGAGUGAACUAGCUACUGGGUGAAUACAUACAAACCUAACAUGGUUAUUUCAGAAGGAUAAAUUAUUUUUAAAAUCUCCACAAAACAUCAAUACAAUUGAUUUUCCUGGUUCACAAAUCUGGAUAAAUUUGGGUCCAGUUUUGGCAAACCACCCAAUACAGGGGUAAGGUAUAUUGUGAAAUAAAUCUUCUGAUAUAUUCUUCUACAUAACUUAGAAAAACAUCUUUUUCUCAUUGAAAGUCUUUGCUUCUUUUUUCCUCAAUACACUCCUAAAUCUCUGUGGUUUUAUAUAAAUAUCAUCAAUAAAAUAGACUAAAAGUGUCAUAUCUGUUUGAACUGAAAAGAAAAAUUAAAACUCUUU